AUGGCAUCACAUCCAUUGACUAUUACUGUUUCUUUAAAUGAACUACUCAAUAUGAAAGAAAAUAUGUUAACGUUACAAAUAAUUCAAAAAGAAAAUCAACAGCUUUUAAAAAUAUAUUCAGAAAGAAAACGUUCAUGUGAAAAAUAUAAAAAUGAAUGGGAAAAUAUAAUAAAGAAAUAUGAAGAGUCAAUGUUAAAAUUAACAACACUUGAAAAACAAAAAGAAAUUUUUGAUAACAAAAUUAAAAUGGCUGAUGAAUGUUAUCGUGAUAUUUUAAAAACAGAAGAAAAAGAAUUAAACAAAAAUAUAAAAAGUGAAGAAGAAAUGUAUUAUCCAUUUGAUGAUAAAGAAGAUGAUACUGUUCUUGAAUAUUUUGGUUGUGAAUCAGAAGAAGAAAAAAGACAACCUCCAGCUAUUAAAGAAAAAAAAUAUAAUAGACAAAAAUCUAUUAAAACACCAAAACCAAUAAAAACACCAAAAACAAAAAGAAAUAAAACAACAGAUACUCCAAAGAAAAGACAAACUAAAACACAAACAGAAAAAAGAACUUCUCUUACUCGUAAAAGAAAAAAACUAUUUUAUGAAAAAUUUAAAAGUAAUGCUCUUAGUGAAACAGAAGAUCUUAAAGUCUCUUCAAUACAUUUCGGAGAUAAAGAUAACAUGUUUUCAGUUAGUUAUAAAAAUAUUCUUGAUAUUAUUCUAGAAAGAAUUCAACAACAAAAAUCAAUACCUAUUAUUGAUAAUCAACCGGCAAUUAAAAUUAAAGAAAUAUUUGAUGCAUUUUGUUUUGGAAAUGCAGACAUUCAAAAUAUCCUUAUUACUUGUCAAGAAAGUCAAUUAGUUGUUAAAAAAAAAAUACUUCAAGACUUUAUUAAAUGUAUUGAAACACUUCAAUUUGAAAGAACAGUUUUUCAUUUUAAUUGUCUCUUUCAACUUUCAAAAACUAAUUCUUCUUACUUAUUGAUUGUUGGUUGUGAUAUUGAUUAA